UUGUUGAGUGCAUCUGUGUUGGUUGUCCCCACUAGACGUUAGCCUGUUCUUGCUGGACCUUAGCGCACUCGACGACGAAUCUGUUUGAUAAAUGAUUCCCAUUGAUAAUACACGUUACGACGAUUGUUUGGUGUUGCUGUUUAGUAAUUUGAAUAACUGACUAGAUGAACCGUAGUAGAACUGAUAUAAAUGGAAAAGAGAAAUCAGAUGUAAAUUAUAAAUGAUCGUAAUUGGCUCUUUGUACUAACACCUAUUAUUUUGUGGUUAUCACCUGUAUAAAGCAGUAUCAUUUGCCUGUGGACUAACAAACACGAAGGAAGUUAAAGAUAUGUCAGAUGUUCAGUUGUGAAGGUAGAAACUGGCUGUAGUGCUUGUCAGAAACAUGAAUCAAACUGGUUAAGCAGUAGUGUGUUGUAUCUAGAACCAUAUUGCUUGUGGCUUCUUCUUGAACAGAUAUGAAGGUUUGUGGGAGGAUGGUGAACCAAAGCCGGGUGCUGGUAUUGGUUCUAAGCUGCCUGUACUCCUACGUCCUCGCACUCUCUCAACAAGACACAUCCACGGAAGACCCUGUGUCGGAGAUUCGGCACCUCCUGCCCAAGGCCAACUUCGCCAACAACUCCGUCACUAACGUGACCGUCCAGCUGGGUGCCACCGCCUUCUUGCCCUGCAAGUACCGUCAUCUGGCCGAUCAUCAGGUCAGUGAUGAUCAGGUGUCGUGGUUCAGGAGGCGAGACUGGCACAUCCUCACCACGGGAAUCUUCACCUACACCAACGACGAGCGCUUCACUGUCUUGCACCCAGAGGAAUCUGACGACUGGACGCUGCAGGUUAAAUACACCACACGCAGGGAUAACGGCACCUACGAGUGUCAGCUGUCAACGGGCACAGGUGUGAUCUCCCAGUUUGUGAAUCUACACGUCGUGGUUCCUCAGGCCUUCAUCCUGGGCAGUAAAGACUACCAUGUGCAGCUUGGCUCCACCAUCAAACUCGUCUGUGUAAUCAAGCAGAGCCCGACUCCACCACAGUAUGUGUUUUGGUACCACAACGAGCACAUGAUCAACUAUGACACACAAAGAGGAGGCAUCAACGUGUCGACGGAGACGGGACCCAAGAAGACCCAUUCUCACCUGGUCAUCACUGAUGCCCGCUACCAAGACUCCGGCAAUUACACCUGCAGCGCCUCUAACACCCAACCUGCUUUUUCCAACGUCUUUGUCUCACAUGGUGACAAGAUGGCAGCAAUACAAAGACGAAAGGCAGCAGGUGGAGCCGCUAACCUCAGUGUAAUCUGCUCGUGGCUCUGGUCCUUCCUUGCUGUAGUCUUCCUUGGCCUUAGAUGAUGUGUUUGAAUGUCCACAUCUUCCCUUUCUUUCUCAAGUUACUUUAUUACGUCCUGGGCCCUAAAUAAUGUUGUCGAAGCUCUUUAACAUUCUACUGCCCCUCAUCAAGCCACACGCGGUGAAGAGAUGACUGAGUUGUCUCCAGAAUACACCCAAGUGAUGUGUUGCUAUAGGAUUACCUGGGAGGGAGUUGUGGUGUUUCAAGUAAGUACCUGUGAGCAAAUAGUGACUGGUGAUAAGUGUGACGUGAAACCAGCUGGUGGAAAACCAUGACAUAUUGUGUUCAAGUGACAGAAAUAUGGCAGAUCCUUGUUUCUACCACAUAAAUAAUAUAAGAGAAGUGACAGUUUGGCAACAAGAAGAUGCUACUGAUUGUUACUGAUUUCGAUGGACAAUCACACUUACUUCCUAUCGUUAUGAUUGUGAACGCCAGUGCAUUAGUUACAGUACGUUAAUUUUGUUUAUAUAAUAAAAGUUACUGGCUCGCUAAUGCUUAGUGAUACAAUUUGAAGAUAGUACCGUUUGAAGAUUUUGUGAAGUGCUAGAUGUGUUAGUAUUCAAAUGAUCAGCAUAUUUCUGUGCCCAGUGUAAUAAGAUCUGAUAUAGGGUAUGAACAAAGGAAUCUAAGGUAGAUACCGAAUUAUCAAAAAUACCACUACAUCCGUUCCAUUGACCCCCUUAAUGUACAUAAAUGUGGGUAUUUGGAGUUAUUUUGUGCAGUGCUAUUAACAGGACAAGUGAUCGCUUAUUAUUGUCCAGCGAUCAGUGGUGUAUACAGUACGUGCUGCACCACAAACCCUUGUUGGAGGUUAAACAAUGUUUUAACCUCACGACACAUUUUUGUUACUCAUGAGUAGGAGGAAUUCAUGACAUAUCAUCACCUCGGUGAUGGAUAAGAGAGUCAGAGUAUAUCAGACAUAAUUAUGUCGUUAAAUUUUAUGAAUUUUAUGAAUUAUAUGAAAAGCAGUUAUACCACACUGGUAACGUGAGGUCAGGUGAGUGGUUCUUCGUGUGUGCUCAAGGUAAAAAACCAAUAAUUUAGCUAACUGAUUAACCUGAAUGAUUUUCCUCUAUGUACAGAGGUAACUUCGUACAAAUUAAUAUCACUCAAAAGAUACGGUGACUGUGUACUGAGUACACUGCGUCCCUAGCUCCUGUUACCUUAAGUCCCAACACUUCACAGUUCCCAGGUAUCCUUGCUAUGGAAACCACGAUAAGUUGUCUUUAUUUUAAUGUAGUUUUACUUUACCAUACACAGAUACAGACAAAUACGGAUUGUAUAACUUUUUAUAUAACUAAUGGGCAGUGAAGAUAUGUUGGGACUGUAGACACAAGAGCUUAUAAUAUGGUGAGUUUUUCAUGUUUGGUUUUCACUGUACACAGCGUAUACCGUAGCAUGUACAGGCGAAAUAGAAUACCUACUAUAACGUGUCAGUGUAUAAUGUACAAUUGUACUGGUGACAGCAAAUCUCACAUCGAGACAAGUUACUGUGUAUAAUGAAAAAAAAAUUGGCGACAGCAAACAGCAUAAGAAGACACCACAGUAAAUAACGAAGAGUUGUACUCGCUACAACAAACCACGUCACCUCAAACCGCUAUAUCAAGACGAUAGAAUAUGUUAGGAAGGUCGAAUAUCAUUUUCUUUACAAUCAGAGGCACCAGAUGUUUAUUUUAAUAACUUUCUCGCAAAUACUUAGAUACGUUGUAUCAGCGUAUCGUUUGAAGUUUACCGUUCUCUUGGAAUUCGUUUUAAAUAGAUUUCAUUAAAAAAUACGACAGCAGACACAAGAGGGUUCACUACACCUUGUCACAAACACAACAAUGGAAUAACUUUAGAAAUCUUCGCCGACUAACACAAGACAUGACAAAAAAAAUAUAUUGAGUAUACAACUAUUGUCACACAGAAGACCGCUACUGGUACACAUGCACCUUAUAACACACGCUAACCAAUACUGACAGAUAUUUUAUCAUACAGACAAAAAAAAAAGGUUCAUUUCACUAUGUAAUAGCUAAGGAAUCAUUCACUGUCCGUAAUUAUUGAUAUACGGCAGCAAAUAAACCAUCUUCACUGGGUUACUUCUUCUGACGCCAUCAGAUGAAUCACCAUUGCUGGUUCAAAGUUUAUGAAACACAGAGGACUCACCGCCACCAGUUCACAAACUCACCACCACCGGUUCACGACUCAUAGUGGAGAAGAAAGAACCACCAACCCAUCACACACAUGCACACAAAAUCCACCACCACCGGUUCACAAGGCAUAAUGCAAACAAGCAACCACAGUAGAAUCACUGCUACAAGUAAACAACAAUUCACUGUAAACACACAUCAUUCUACAUGUUUGGUCGGUCCAGAGAACCUUGGGGCUUCAGCCUUAAUAGUGGCACUUAAAAACACCAAAAACCAGAUACUCUUUACCAUCUCAAUUAUAGAUCGAUGUCACAAAAUCUAUGUGCGUGUUCAUUCGCUGUAGAUUUUACAUCUUUAAAUUAAUAUGAAUAUGACAAGCCAUACGAACAAUCACUAUAAGUAACCUCACAAUGUGUACCUGUGCAGAGAUCCUUCACAGAAGUGGUUUGCCUGUGUAACCAUAGUGAAUCACAGACAUCAACUGGAACACAUUUUUUUUUGUCUUGAUAAAUUUUAGAUUAAAGAUAAUGGCUGAGUAUUUGUAUGACCAUAUUAGAUGUCAUGGUGCAGUAUUGGCUCGCCCAUAAUAAAUGUAAUGGUUUAUUAUUUAAAUGCCUAUAUCAAAAUUGGUGAAUAAUUUCUCUUGUUUUACACAACAUUGAUAUAUUCAGGUUUGAGUUAUCUUUACAUGUAAAAGACUUUUCUCAACCCGGACCAACUCACUCACACCACCACGGACGCUUCACACACAAACUGACAAUGAAGAUGUGAAAUAUACGAGUUACGUUCAUUGAUCAUGUAAAUAUAAAGAAAAAUAUUUUAUAUAAUGAAAAUAAUAUAUACAU